AUGGCGGCUGAGUGCCUGGUCGACGGCGGCAGAGCCACAGAGGCAUCAAGCAGGCAGGACGACGCCGUGUACGCGACUACGCGGCCGCCGACCGGCCACGCCCCAGCGCACAUCAUCCCUUCCCUUGGCAGGAGCGCAUUUGUCCCGGGAAGAAUGAUCACAAACAACACAAUCAUUGCAUUUGAGUGCUUCCAUAAGAUACACCAGACCAAGAAUGGGCGUGACACCCACUGUGCGUACAAGUUAGAUCUUGCAAAGGCCUAUGAUAGAGUUGAUUGGCAUUUCCCUGAGGAUGCUCUCAAAAAAGUGGGUUUUAACAGGAUAUGGACUGAUUGGGUGAUGAAUUGUGUGAAAUCAGUGAGGUUCUCGGGGAGAUGCAACGGGAAGAAUUCAGACUACUUCAACCCAUCUCGUGGGUUAUGGCAGGGUGAUCCCUAA